AUCAUGAUCAGCAUGCCACUGUUCAAACUUUAGUCAUGACCUUUCACCAUUGUUACCCCACCCACCUUAUGAUAUACCGGUGUUGAAUCGAAAUACAAGAGAACUAUAUAUUUCUAUCAUGGAGGUUGUGUCAAUUGUAAAUGAAAUAUUUCGGUUGUAUGAGGACGCGGGGCAAUCACAGUAUCUUGGAGAAAAUGUUACAAAAACACAACACUCGAUACAAUGUGCCAUGUGUGCCGAGAAAGAUGGUGCUGUGCGGGAAGAAAUAGUGGCUGCAUUCCUUCAUGAUGUUGGUCACUUGUUGGGUAUAGAUGAAAACUUACCAGAAAUGGUGACUGAUGGGGAAAAUGUUGGGACAAAAGAUCAUGACGUCGUUGGAGGGAAAUAUCUUAUUGAUAAAGGGUUCCCAAAACUUGUUUGUGACAUCGUGGCAGGUCAUGUGCAAGCCAAAAGAUAUCUUGUUUAUAAAUAUAAAGAUUACUAUGAAAAACUGUCUGAUGCUAGUAAGAAGACACUGGUUCAUCAAGGUGGACCCAUGACAAAAGAAGAGGCCAUCAUGUUUGAACAGUCAGAAGCAUUUCAACCUAUCCUUAGAAUGAGAAAAUAUGACGAGCUGGCCAAAGACCCAACAGCAAAAAUGGAACCUUUGAAGAAAUAUCGGGAAAUGUGUAUAGAACUGUUAUUGCAAAAUAAGGUUUAAAAAUGAAACUUUGUGACAAUAAUCGUCGUAAAA